AUGAAUUUUCACAGAAUUAUUACCGGAAAAGGUGCAAAAUCCAGGACUCAAAGAUACACAUUGAUCAAGGAUAUGGUAAUUCAAAUGAAACGACACGGAAUACGAUAUCCUCUAAAAUUGCAAGAAUAUAAUGUGGAAGAACAUGUUCCUUUAAUACAAAAAUAUCUUAAUGAGAAACAUCCUGGUGAAUAUCGUUUAUCUGUAUUUGGAGAACAUGGCCAAAUGAAACCAUUAUGGAAGGGACCAGAUCGUGCUGAGAAAGAUAUCAGUCUCUAUUUAAAGGAUGGACAUUAUUAUGGUAUAAGAAAAUUAAAUACAUUUUUUGGCAAACAUAUGUAUUAUUGCCUUGAAUGUGAAGCAACCUUCCACAGCAAACUGGAACAUAGACAAACAUGUGCAGCAAAAUGUCCACGAUGUUGUGGGAUGGGCGCAGAUUUUCCAUGCAAAGAGAUUGAAAAUUUUGAAAUGAAUUGUUACAACUGUUUUAAUUUAUUUAGAAAUCCUGAUUGUUACGAACGACAUAUAAAAAAGGAAUCUGUCAGAUUUUUAAGAGGUAAAUUAAAAGCUUGUAAUUUAAAAUAA